GGAGGGGUCUAGGCCUGGCCCACGGGCGCUCUUGGCUGUGCCUCCUGGAGAUGCUUGGCUUUAUGAGGCCAGAAGAAGAGGAGCGUCCCCAGACUUUGCACUCACCUGCCACGACCCGUCAGAUCUGAGAGAACUUUGCAGGCUGCAAAGUCCCCGUCCUCACCAUGGCGCCUGGAGAAAAGAUCAAAGCCAAAAUCAAAAAGAAUCUGCCUGUUCGAGGCCCCCAGGCACCGACCAUUAAGGACCUGAUGCAUUGGUACUGCAUGAACACCAACACCCAUGGCUGCCGCCGCAUUGUGGUGUCGCGAGGCCGCCUUCGCCGGCUGCUGUGGAUCGCGUUCACGCUGACUGCGGUGGCCCUCAUUAUCUGGCAGUGUGCCCUCCUCGUCUUCUCUUUCUACACAGUCUCUGUCUCCAUCAAAGUUCACUUCCAGAAACUGGAUUUCCCCGCCAUCACUAUCUGCAACAUCAACCCCUACAAGUACAGCGCCGUGAGUGACCUUUUGGCUGACCUGGAUGGUGAGACAAGACAGGCCUUGCUGUCCUUGUACGGGGUCAAAGACUUUCCAGAGGUUAAAUCUCGGAAACGCCGGGAAGCGGGAUCCAUGCAGUCCACUUGGGAAGGUGCACCACCCAGAUUCCUCAACCUGAUCCCACUGCUGCUCUUCAACGAGAAUGAGAAGGGAAAAGCCAAGGACUUCUUCACUGGCCGGAAGCGGAAAGUCAGCGGGAGAAUCAUUCACAAGGCUUCCAAUGUCAUGCACGUGCACGAGUCGAAGAAGCUGGUGGGAUUUCAGUUGUGCUCAAAUGACACCUCUGACUGUGCCACCUACACCUUCAGCUCAGGAAUCAAUGCCAUCCAGGAGUGGUACAAGCUGCACUACAUGAAUAUCAUGGCACAGGUGCCUCUAGACAAGAAAAUCAACAUGAGCUAUUCUGCUGAAGAACUGCUGGUGACCUGCUUCUUUGAUGGGAUGUCCUGCGAUGCCAGGAACUUCACGCUUUUCCACCAUCCAAUGUAUGGGAAUUGCUACACGUUCAACAACAGAGAAAAUGCCACCAUCCUCAGCACCUCCAUGGGGGGCAGUGAGUAUGGGCUGCAGGUCAUCUUAUACAUAAAUGAAGAUGAAUACAACCCCUUCCUGGUGUCCUCCACUGGAGCCAAGGUGCUUAUCCAUCAGCAGAAUGAAUAUCCAUUCAUUGAAGAUGUGGGCACUGAGAUCGAGACGGCCAUGUCCACCUCCAUAGGAAUGCACCUGACAGAAUCCUUCAAGCUGAGUGAACCUUACAGCCAGUGCACAGAGGACGGCAGCGACGUGCCCAUCACAAACAUCUACAAUGCUGCCUACUCCCUCCAGAUCUGCCUUUAUUCAUGCUUCCAGACGAAGAUGGUGGAAAAAUGUGGCUGUGCCCAGUACAGCCAGCCUCUGCCUCCAGCAGCCAAUUACUGCAACUACCAGCAACACCCCAACUGGAUGUAUUGCUACUACCAGCUGUACCAGGCCUUUGUCCAGGAAGAGCUAGGCUGCCAAUCAGUGUGCAAGCAAGCCUGCAGCUUUAAGGAAUGGACACUGACCACCAGCUUGGCACAGUGGCCAUCUGAGGCCUCUGAGAAAUGGUUGUUGAAUGUUCUUACCUGGGACCAGCGCCAGCAAAUAAGCAAAAAGCUCAACAAAACUGACCUGGCCAAGCUGUUGAUCUUCUACAAAGACCUGAACCAAAGAUCCAUCAUGGAGAGUCCAGCCAACAGUAUUGAGAUGCUUCUGUCCAACUUCGGUGGACAACUAGGCCUCUGGAUGAGCUGUUCGGUCGUCUGUGUCAUUGAAAUCAUCGAAGUCUUCUUCAUUGACUUCUUCUCUAUUAUUGCGCGCCAACAGUGGCAGAAAGCCAAAGAUUGGUGGGCCCGCAGGCGGGCACCUCCCUCCCCUGAGACUCGAUCCAGCCAGCAGGGCCAGGAUAACCCGGCUCUGGAUGCAGACGAUGACCUGCCCACUUUCACCUCUGCUAUGCGCCUGCCUCCAGCCCCAGAGGUCACGGUGCCCGGCACGCCACCCCCCAGAUACAACACCUUGCGCUUGGACAGUGCCUUUUCCUCCCAGCUCACAGACACUCAGUUGACCAAUGAGUUCUGAGACAUGAUUGGAGAACAAACAAUCAUGGUCUGAGGAAACUUUCUUCCUGACACAGCCGGGCCCUCCUAUCCUGCCUCUGGGCUUUCGAUGCAUGACUAACAUCCCUGCUGUGAACAGAACAGGGCCUUGGAAACCCGCAGAAGGACCUGAUGGGCACUCCCCAACACUCCUGAACUUUCAGGAUGAGCCACAUUCUGCAAUCUGGACUCAGCACUUCUGCGAUGGAGAUCCAACAGUAAUGGCCUGGGCCAACAGUGAGCUCUUCACAGGAUCCUGAGAGAGAAGUGUGCUCCCGGAGCUCCAAGCUCAGGAGUUUACCCACAAUGCCCCUGGCCUAGGUUGCAUCCUAAGCACAUGAUCUUGGGUAGCAAGGCUGGCCAGCCUUUGCCAGGUGUGGGUGACAGAAGAAAUGAGCACCAGCCUUGGAUUCCAGCUGUUGGUUGCUGGCCUCAAUCAUUGACUUGGGGACAAGGUGUCCUCUGUGCCCUCAGAUAGACAGUUGGCCUAGAGCCUGGGAGAGUGUUUCGAGAGGGCACAGUAGAGAGAGGCCAAGAGGUGUGGCAGGAUGUCUCCACUUUGGGAUCAGGGUGGGGCAGUAGAGAAGGGCCAGUUAUAGGGCAUAGCUAGAGACUUCUGCCAAAUGGUAGUCCCACAAUCUCAACUCAAGAGUGGUAAACUGGGAGCUGGGCUCAGCACCUACAUAAAUCACCCAAAGGCCUAGCAAACAA